CCGCGAAGGGCCGCCGAGGGGCGGCCAGUGAUGGGUAUAAAAGAACAUGGAGAUAAAGCCCACCUCAGUCGGCAGUGUGCACCACAAAGGGCGAGACGCGCAGAACGGUGGCGCAAUGGGGUCGCGAACGGUCAUCGCAAUCCUGGUUGCCACUUUCCUGGUCUCGACAUGCUCCGCGUCUCCUUCUAAAUCCGUGAGCCUUGUAGGAGCGGGAGAAUUAUGCGAUUUGUACUACGCCAUAAGUUUGACGGACGGCAGAUGCAACGGGAAUGAGAAAAUUCCUGUGCCAUGUGACGGCUGGUGCGCGGCAUACAUCCAGUGCAAAGAUGGCGUCCCAGAGACCAAAGGGACAGACUGCACCUGGUUGAACAAUUAUUUUGACCCCAAUAAAAAGAAGUGCACCUUCAAUAUGUGGAGAAACUGCGAUUGGUACAAGAGCCUUACAAUGCCUCCAACAACGACAAGCACAACGGAAGCGGUAACUACUGCCAGCACAGAAGAACCAACGACUCCAACUACGGCAGCGCCGACCACAAUUACGACAGAGGAGCCUACCACCGCAACCACUGAGGUACCAACCACUGCAUCUACCCAAGAGCCGAGUACUGCCUCCACUGAAGAACCGACCUCUGCAUCCACCGAAGAGCCGACGACUGUAGCCACAGAAGCACCUGCUACCCUCCCAACUGAUGCACCGACCACAACUUCAACUGAGGAGCCUUCGACCGCACCUACUGAAGAGCCGACUACCGCUUCCACUGAAGAGCCGACUACCACACCCACUGAAGAGCCAACCUCUGCAUCCACAGAGGCACCUGCAACCGAACCGACGGAUGCACCGACCACGACUUCAACUGAGGAAUUAAAAUUAGCACAAACAUUCUGA